GUCACUUGCUUGAAUUGCAGUCUCUCACUGUGAAAACUUUCCCACAGCUGUGCCAGCAAACAUCGCAGACCUGAGAAACAUAGAAGUGCUCAACUUCUUCAACAACCAGAUUGAGGAGCUGCCUACACAGAUUAGCAGCCUUCAGAAGCUUAAACACCUGAAUCUUGGCAUGAACAGGUUAAACACCUUGCCAAGGGGAUUUGGCUCUUUACCAGCUCUGGAGGUUCUUGACUUGACUUACAACAACUUAAAUGAAAAUUCUCUACCAGGAAACUUCUUCUAUCUGACCACCCUGCGUGCACUCUAUCUAAGUGACAACGAUUUUGAAAUCCUGCCGCCAGAUAUUGGGAAGCUCACAAAGUUGCAGAUACUGAGUCUUAGAGACAAUGACCUGAUAUCACUGCCUAAAGAAAUUGGUGAGCUCGCUCAGCUUAAGGAACUUCAUAUCCAGGGAAAUCGUCUUACUGUGCUGCCCCCAGAACUAGGUAAUUUGGAUUUGACUGGUCAAAAGCAAGUCUUCAAAGCAGAGAACAAUCCUUGGGUUACCCCUAUUGCUGACCAGUUCCAGCUGGGAGUAUCUCAUGUUUUUGAAUACAUCCGUUCAGAAACAUAUAAAUAG